UAAAGAUGUUCGCUAACCCAAUGAGGCAACAACCGGUUAUGGUUCUUCAGAACAACACUAAGAGGGAACAAGGAAAGAAAGCCCAGCUUUCUAACAUCAAGGCUGCUAGAGCUGUCGCUGAUGUUGUCAGAACCACUCUUGGACCAAGCUCAAUGCUCAAGAUGCUUUUGGAUCCGAUGGGAGGUAUUGUCAUGACUAAUGAUGGAAAUGCUAUCCUGAGAGAAAUCGAUGUAGCCCACCCAGCAGCUAAGAGUAUGAUCGAGCUUGCUAGAGCCCAAGAUGAAGAAGUUGGUGACGGAACCACCUCAGUCAUUGUUCUUGCCGGGCAAAUCCUUCAAGCAGCUGAGAUAUUUAUCGAGAAGAGAGUGCAUCCAACAGUUGUGGUAAACGCUUAUUUCAAAGCUAUGGAGGAAAUCCUCAAAAUUACUGAAGAGCUUGGAGUUGAUAUCGAUGUUGAUAGUGAAGAAGAUAUCAAGAAGAUCGUCACUAGUUGUAUUGGUACCAAGUUCUCUCACAAGUGGGGAGAUCUCAUUGUUGAUCUCGCCAUAAAGGCCACUAGGACUGUCGUCAGACAAUCCGGCAAGGACGUUGAAAUUGAUUUGAAGAGAUACGCCAAGGUUGAGAAAAUCCCAGGAGGCACUAUUGAAGAAUGCACUGUCUUAGACGGUGUCAUGUUCAAUAAAGAUAUCACCCAUGGAGAGAUGAGAAGAAAGAUCGAAAACCCAAGAAUCGUCCUCCUUGAUUGCCCACUUGAAUAUAAGAAGGGAGAGAGUAUGACCAACAUUGAAAUGAGCAAUGAAGAGGACUUCAAGAAGGCUCUUGAGUCUGAAGAGGAAGAAGUCAGAAAAAUGUGCGAGCACAUUUUGAGAGUCAAGCCAGACGUUGUAAUCACUGAGAAAGGAAUCAGCGAUUUCUGUCAACAUUUCCUUAUGAAAGGAAACAACAUCACUAUGAUCAGAAGAAUUAGAAAGACUGAUAAUAACAGAUUAGCUAGAGUUUGUGGAGCUACUAUUGCUCACAGACCAGAGGAACUCCAAGAAGAAGAUGUAGGUACUAUGAGUGGACUCUUUGAGGUAAAGAAAAUUGGAGAUGAUUACUUCACUUUCAUCACUGAAAGUAAGAACCCAGAAGCCUGCUCUAUUUUACUCAGAGGAGCUUCUAAGGAUGUAUUAAAUGAAAUUGAGAGAAACUUGCAAGAUGCUAUGCAGGUCGCUAGAAGUGUCAUCAUUAAUCCUAAACUAGUUCCAGGAGGUGGAGCUCUUGAGAUGGAAUUAGCUAACAGACUUAUUAAGCACUCCAAAGAAGUUGAAGGACUUCAGCAGUGGCCAUUUAAGGCACUAGCUACUGCUUUGGAAGUUAUCCCAAGAACUCUAGCACAAAACUGUGGAGGAAAUGUUGUUCGUCUAAUGACUGAGCUUAGAGCCAAGCAUAGCAAAGAGGAUGGAAUCUGGUAUGGAAUUGAUGGAAACAAAGGAACUAUUGCCAACAUGAAAGAAAUUGAUAUUUGGGAUCCAGUUGCUGUCAAACUUCAAACAUACAAAACAGCUAUUGAGUCUUCAUGCAUGCUUCUCAGAAUUGAUGAUGUUGUUUCAGGAAUGAAGAAAACAAAGAAGCAAGCUGCACCACAACCAGAAGAAGAUCAACCAGGACCAGAUGAAGGACACACCUUUGGAGAUGAGAGAGAUGGUUAA